UCCUCCCGCUGGCUGCUGCUGCUGCUGCUGCUCGUGCCCUCGGUGUGAGUGCAGGGUGCGCUUCUGCUAAUGACCAUGGAGGAGGGAGACGGGCUGCGGCAGCGGAGGCCUAUCCGCCCCCAGGUCAUCACCGAUGAGACCUUUGUACAGGAAACAGAGAGCACUAGCACGUACAGUGGGAAGGUGUUCCGCGCUACCUUUACAUGCCUAGCCCUGUUACUGGUUCUACCUACGCUGGCAGCCAUCUGUCUCCUCGAGAGUCCGAUAGAGCCACAUUCUCUGAGUUUCCCAACACCACCUCUUAUGACUGGUGUCCUGGAGGCAAACUUGAAAUUGAGAAAAGCCGAACGAUUGUAUGAAGGACAACUAUUGGGGCCAGAAUCCAUUGCAAACAUCGGAGACGUCCUGUUUACUGGUACUGCUGAUGGACAGAUUGUGAAAAUUGAAGAUGGCAACAUUCACACUAUAGCAAGACUUGGGAAACCACCCUGUGGAACAAGGGAAAAUGAACCAAACUGUGGAAGGCCACUGGGUCUCAGAGUGGGCCCUAAUGGUACACUGUAUGUUGCAGAUGCUUACCAGGGAAUAUUUGAAGUGAAUCCUGUAACAGGUGCAGUGAAGAUGCUUGUAUCGUCCCAGACACCAGUUCAGGGGAAGAAGAUGUCUUUUGUCAAUGAUCUUGCAGUGACCAGCGAUGGCAGGAAGAUCUACUUCACAGACUCCAGCAGUAAAUGGCAGAGACGGGAUUACGCUUAUCUAGUAAUGGAGGGCACAGACGAUGGCCGCUUGCUGGAGUAUGACACUCUGACGAAGGAGGUGAAGGUUUUAAUGGGAGGACUGCGCUUUCCCAAUGGCGUGCAGCUUUCACCCGCCGAAGACUUCCUGCUUGUUGCAGAAACCUCAAUGGCACGUGUAAGGAGAUACUAUGUUUCCGGUCUCACUAAAGGAGGCGUAGACAUGUUUGUGGACAACAUGCCAGGAUUUCCUGAUAAUAUUCGUCUUAGUAGUACAGGUGGAUACUGGGUGGCCAUGUCUGCCGUGAGACUCAAUCCUGGCUUUUCUAUGAUGGAUUUCUUAGCGGACAAACCGUGGAUUAAAAAAAUUAUUUUCAAGCUGCUCAGCCAAGAGACCGUUAUGAAGUUUGUCCCAAGGUACAGCCUGGUCGUGGAACUUGGCGAGAAAGGCUCUUACAGGAGAAGUUUCCAUGAUCCCAAUGGAGAGGUGGCAACGUAUAUCAGCGAGGCACACGAACAUGAUGGAUACUUGUACUUGGGAUCCUUCCGCUCACCUUUCCUGUGUAAACUGAACCUUAAAGAUGUUUGAGGUUGGCCAAGUCAGCCCUUCUGUCUAAGAGCAGGACAUAGAGUGGACUUAUGCGCCCGUGAUCUGACUAAGGAGACCGCUCUCAUCAUGUCUGCUGCCCCUGACCACUCUCUGUUGUGGAUUGUAGAGGCAUACUAUGAUUUUUGUGAAAUAUUUUGGCUUACAGUGUAUGUUGAGUAUUCAGAUAGUAGAGGAGUCUGGCAACAUCGGUUUGUUCCUUCCCUGUCUUAGACAUUCUGUAAGCAUGUGGUUUAAGUGUACAGAUACUGCAUAACUGGCUUGCCCUGAACGGCUCCUACAGGAUGUAGAAUGCUCCGCCAGGUUGCCAGAAAGGGGUCAGCCAUUUGUUAUUCUUGCUGAGAAGCACAAUAAGGGUUUUACACUUGCUUUAUAACACAAGGAAAUGAUUAAUGUUUAUACUUUUUAAUUAAGCUGCGAUUUGGUACAUUUCAUGGUACAUAACAGUACAUUUAUGGCAGUUAACUAGAAGGUUUAAUUAAUGUACAAUAGGAAUUGCUGCAGUACUGAGCUUGUGACUUGUGUUUCAGCCACAACAAAUCUAUAGAGAUUCGUUUUCUAUUUUUAGUCCAUUACCUGAGUCCGUGCCAUAUUCUUAUUUUUAGAAAUGAAGGAUUGUUUAUAUUUUUUAUUUUUAUUUUUUUUCUAAUAAUUUUUAGAGCACUGAUUAAUCGACUAUUUUUUCUUUCUUAAUAGGAUUUCAGUUUAGUCCAUUACUUUAGGAUGAUGAAGUUAUAAUGUAUAGAAACAGUGACAUGAUCAAACACUGCAGCAUACGAUGCUGGUGGGGUUUUUAUAGAAAAACCUAUUUAUAUUUCCUGCAUAUGCAUGCGUUAUGGCAUGAAGCUACACUGGUAGUGCAUGCAGCAAGCUAGCACUAAUAGAAAUACAGAAAGAGGUAAAUCUACCUGACUUUGGGGAAAACGGAAGCUUAUCUCACAUAUCUCUUCUUGAUGGAUCCAGUUUACAGAUAAAUGUAACUGGAUUAUGUUACUAGAGCACAAUAACCUAUAAUACCUAAAUGUAAGGGAUGCAUUUAGCAUCCUGAUGGAUGGGAUGCCAGCGGUCACGUGACUGACGCCGGAAUCCCAACACCACUUGGGAGACAGACGCUGGAACACCGACGGCAGACAUCCUCAAGGUAAGUAUCAGGGUAUCUGUUAAGGUUAGAGCCUGGGGAAGGGGAGGUUAGGGUUAGGCACUACUUUUAGCCCUAGCCGCCACCCCCAAGAGGGGUAGAGAAGGGGGUGUUAAAAAAAAAAAAAAAAAAUACUUGCCCCCUCCAACGUCGAGAUCUUCAAUGUCGGGAUGCCGGUAUCAGUCAUGUGACCACCGGCAUCCCGACGACUAGGAUUUCAUACCAAUCCCAAAUGGAAUACUGGGGACUUUCGGAUGAGUAUCCUAGCACUUUACAUGGGGCUUUAAUAGUGUCAGUCAUCGUGUAUUUAUGAGGGAUAGAGGCAGGUGAUAGCCACUUGCUGUAAGCGGCUCUUAGGAAAGACCCCAGAUUAUAGUUUGUGCCCCAACACAACUAAGGUGUUUCCUCGCCAAGGCCACUCUUUGACGGACUAGGAGAAACCUAAUACCCUAAAACUUGCCCUGACAAGUACUGUGGAUGCUUUUGAUCUAACAAUAUUGGAAAAUGCUAUUCAUUAAAAACAUGUAAUUUGUACAAUUUAUUCAGAUCCAUGAAUAAUGCUAUUCUGGUAAUUAUUUGUUCUUUCAGUAGUUUCAUGUGUUAUAUAAUUUAUGUCAUUGUCACACUGCUAUGAAAAGGGCUAGCAAAGACCAAGCAGGCCAGGGGUCAUAUGUACAGCUGAUCAUGCUCCCUCCCAUGUUGCCCCACACAUGAUGUAGCCAUGCAUUUCUACACAGGACUGUUAAUUUCCCAUAAAUCAGAAGUCUUAUUAAUAGGACUGACACACAUACUAUAAUCACUGGCAAUGUUUGGUCAUUAGCAUUAGACUUGUGUGCAUUAUUGUGAUCACCCACAUACAUAAGACAAUAUUAAAUCCCCAGAAAAUGUAUUUAUAUAGUAGCAGAGAUACUUGCAUCUCUACAUAAUGUUAAUCUAAUAAACUUUUUUUUGGUAAUAAA